CUGGCUCCGCCCCCGCAUUGCCAAGCUCAAGUGUCAGAACUCGCGUGCCCAGUUCCCGAGGGGGGAGAGGCAGAAGAGGACAGCCACACAGGGGGCUGCGAGAGGGAAGGAGAUCAAAGUGAAGAAGGGAGAAGAAGGAGAGAGCAGUGAGGAAAGCUGGAAGGUGUGAGUGAAAAGACGAAGAGAGCAAUAUGAGGAGAAACAUGGACUGGAACAUGGGCAAGGAUAAGAGCCCUGGUGUGGAUUUGCAAUGUGACGUGGAGCUGGUCACAAGGUCUGAUCCUGACGCAGAAAUGGACCCAGAACCGGAGUGGGUUCCAGGAGGCCGGCGCCUGUUCUCUGGUCUGCUAGGACUGAAUGUGAUUAUGCUCGGCGCCGCCCUUGUGGCGGCUGAUGCCUUCUAUGCCAAUGGGCAGCUACAACAGGGACCCCAGGUGUUCAUCCUGCUUCUGCUGCUGCUCAGUGUGGUCUGGAUGCUCUGGUACCUGCUGUGGUCACGCAAGCGACCCGGCCGCACUCCCCAUACCGACCACCACGCAGGAGGUAUCACCAUCACAGUGGUCCUGGUGAUCUUCUCGGCCUUCAGCCUGUUCCUGCACAUCUUCAGGAUGGGUUAUUUCAUCAUGAUGUGGGACUGCAAGCCGCUGGCCGAGGUCCUGGUUCCCUUUGCUGAGGCGCCCUUCCUGGCCCUGCAGACAUAUUUCCUGUGGGCUCACUCAAAGGACUGCAUCCACAAGCAUAAGAUUCUGACCAGGUCCGGUCUGAUGCUAUUGCUCUCUGCUAACAUCCUGCUGUGGCUGAAUGCAGUGACUGAGGACACUGUGCACAUGGAGAUCGAGCUGGAGAAGCAGAACCAGGUCAUUGCCAAUGGCUCCCUGGUUGACAACAGCACUGCAGGUCUGGAGUAUGGUAUGGGGUCUAAUGGCAGAACCACAGCCAGGUCUAACUGCUCAGCAGAUCCCGACGAAUCCCCCGAAUGUCAGUGCACCGACCACACGCCGUGCCUGGUGUUCCGCAAGGGCUUCGAGAUCCUAUACCCCUUCAACAUCGAGUUCUACCUGAUGGCGGGUUGCAUGAUCUAUGUGAUGUGGAAGAACGUGGGCCGGCGUGUGGGCAAAGCCCCACACGAGCACCACAAACACCAUGAUAUGCUACGCAUUAUCCGGAAGGAAGGCAUCCUGCUGGGCCCACUGGCCGGCCUCCUGGUCCUCGCGAUGGGAGCCGUCUCCUUCAUCCUGUACCAGGUGUGGGUGAGUGACGCUCGCCGCGAAGACGCCUUCCUCGUCUUCUACGGCUACCACCUGGCCUUGAUUCCCGCCAUGUCGCUGUUCUGCCUGGCUGGCAUGAUCACGUACCGCGUGGAGAUUAGGCUGCAUGAAACCAGCCACAACCCCACCAGAAGCCUGGAUGUUCGCCUGCUUGUGGCGGCAGCCGUGGGCCAGCUGGCGCUCUCCUACUUCUCCCUGGUGGCCGCCAUGGCCAUUGGGUCCAGAGACCAUCUGGGGAGCCUAGACCUUUCGUACAACCUCCUUAGCUUGCUGGAGCUGCUCCUGCAGAACAUCUUCAUCAUUGAGGGGCUCCACCGUCACCCGAGUCUGAGCCGCAUCAGGACGAAGGGAAGGCUGGCCGGCGUCAUUUUCAAGAAAAAGGCGGCGACUGAGACCCCAGUGGCAAAUGAACCUGAAGGAGACAAUGUGUCUAAAAAUGAGCCUACAGCACCACCUGCAGGUCUGAAGGUGAACAACACCAACAAGUGCACCAAGAAAGUGAUUCAAGAGAUUUGUGCAUUCCUCAUCUUGGCCAAUGUCAUGUUGUGGGUGAUCCCAGCCUUCGGCGCUCAUCCCCAAUUUGAGAACGGACUGGGGAAGCAGUUCUAUGGGUUCCAGGCCUGGUUUGUAUUGGUCAACCUGGGCCAGCCACUGGUGGUCUUCUACAGAAUGCACUCUGUAAGUGCGCUGAUGGAACUGCUGAUUUCAGCCUGAACAGCAGGAGGCGAUAGAGGCCAUACUACUGCACUGGAGGAUGUGAAUCUUUUGGAUCUGUAGUAUGAAGCCUUGCUAUCCAGCCUAAGAUUCACAGGGAAGAAGACAUAAGACUUUUUUCUUAAGGGAAUCAAACAAGUCGAAACAAAACAUUUGCAGUUAUACAAAUGUUGCAUUUGAUACCCACUGUUAAUUAGGGAAAAAAAUCACUAAGUUGAACAUAUACACAUUUAGUUCAGGACUUAAUGUAUUAGGUAAUCUAAUUGUUAAUAAAAGUGUUAUAAUUGUAUUUGGCAUUGCAUUAAUACUGGCAAUUUUAUAUGAGAUAAACGAGAAUGUGUCUAACACUAACGUUAAUUUUAAAGUCACUCUUAAAUUUGAUCUCAUCUAGACUAGUAAUGUCAAGGUUGUCCUGAGUUUCUUUCGAGCCAUUCUGACUGAAAUCACUGCUGUUAGAGUUUUUUUCUUCGGGGAAAUUAUUGCUGUAGUUGGCUAGCGUGAUUUUACAAGCAGCUAAGUUAAUGCACUUAUAGCCAAUACUUACGUUCGCUUUUUAAAAAACAAACCUUAACGUUAAUUAUGCGCAUUUGAAAUUUAAAACGAUUCAACACAGCUUUAAAAAAAGUGAAUGUAAAUUUUAGUUCCAAGAGCAUUAACUCAGCUGACUGUAAAAUAAUAGCUACAUUUAUGGUGAGAUGAAUUGGCACAUUCAGGCACAUUCUCAACACUGGUAAUAUUAAAUAUGUAGAAAUAUAA